AAAAAAAAAGCACAUAACAAAAUCAAAAACGUUUCGAGAAGGGGCCGUUGCGGAUUUUUCCUUUAAUAUAAACCGCAUAAACAUUAAAAGACAAACAAAUAUAAUUCUUUCUUCAUUGACCUCAAGGAACAGGUAUAGAAGAAAAACAAAACUGUGGAUUUAUAAAUGAACGUGUAAUUAUUAAAAGAUAAUUCUUUAUUCGUCACGAGGGCCAUAAAAGAAAAAGAAACCCAGAACCUCAAACAUUUUGGAUACUACGAAGACAAAGGGAUCGUGCAGUUUUGGACCUAUAACAGGAUAAACCAAAAAUAAAAAUUACAAACCAUCAUAAUACUAAUAAUGGCGAGUACAGUGGCUGUGGCAGUAGUAUCUUUAAGUCUGGCUGCCGUGUUAAUGCACUUCCUAUCUGUUGCGAUUCCAUACUGGGAUAAAAUUGGCAACUUGAAAUUUGGUCUUUGGCAAGUUUGCUACGAGGAAUGUGAAAUGCGGGAAGCUGUUGACCAGUCUUUCCAGAUCUUCCAGUGUCUGGAAGUAGUUGGACUGAUCACUGGCCUGGCUACUUGUAUUAUUUCCAUUUUGAGUACUUGUAAGAAUGUUAUUUUCCCACAUGAACAGGUACUGAUUCCAUGUUUAAGCAUGAUAUCAGCUGCUGCAAUACUGAUUGGAAUUAUUAUAUACUGUGUUGAAGAAUUUACUCUGCAUAUCUGUUUCAUCUUCUCCUUAAGUUCAGCAGCAUUUUUCUUCUUUUAUGCGGGUUAUACCAUUUCGCCACCCGCUUCCUCAUCGUCAUCAUCAAUCGACUUGCAAUCCUGAUCACACCAUCCUGGUGCUCUACCGAUUCUUCAAUAACCCACCUUAUAAUAAUAAUAAUAAUAAUAAUAAUGAUAAUAAUAAUAAUAAUGAUGAUGAUGAUGAUGAUAAUAAUCCUUUCUGCUAGAGGCACAAAGCUGAAAUUUUGAGGGCAGUGGUGGGGGGAAGGAGUAGCUGAUUACAUU